AACAAACUUUCUAGUUAGUGUAGUACAUGUAACUCAACUGUAAACGAUUGUACACUGCGAUAUUCGUAUAAUUCCAUUUCAGUCUUUUUUGUAGCUAAUUUUUUGUUGUUUUUGGUUAAAAAAAUUUCUUUGUGAAUAAUUUACAAGAUUUGGCAAUUUUUUCCAGUCUGAAUUUCAUACGGUGCAUCCACAUCGAGUUCUAUAAUUUGAUCGUUAAUCGCGUUCGUGUGUGUUUUGUUGUUUUUAUUUCGCUACACAAAAUAACAAAAAAAAAAAACUUUAGCUGAAACUCUCCAGAGAUCCAGUUCAGAGAUAUUGUUAAACGGAUUUUCCUGCUAUUUGAUGAAUAUCACCACCUUUGCUUACUCAUCGCAAUUGUGUGUCUACAUUUGAUUUUGAACAACAACAAAAACCACCUGAAGAUUUGACCUUUAAAAAUACAAAAUUCCUGUUUCAUAGAAAUAGUGUCGGUUUAGUGAUCGUAAGCCAUGUCCAAUAAUAAGCUUAUGUUUUGGAACAAACAAAAUGCUAAUCAAAAUCAGAAUAACGAAACAAAAAAUGGUAAAAAUAAGAAUUGGCUUCAUGCCCCGGAUGCUUUAGUUAAUGGCCAUGUUGCUUAUCUAGUCAAAUUUCUUGGAUGUACACCUGUGGAUCAGGCAAAGGGUAUCGAGACCGUCAAAGAUGCAAUCAGAAGACUUCAGUUUGCUCAACAGUUGAAAAAAGCUGAAUCGGGAAACAAUUUCAAGACGAAAAAGGUUGAGAUUACAAUUAGUGUUGAUGGUGUUGCUGUGCAGGAACCAAGAGCACAGAAAGUUUUACAUCAAUUCCCGUUACACAACAUAUCGUAUUGUGCCGACGAGAAAGGAGUUAAGAAGUUCUUUAGUUUUAUUGCCAAAACCAACAAUUCAGUGCCAAAUGGUGACACAUCUACGAUAACCACUAAUCACGCGGAUGAAAGUCAUGAAUGUUUUGUAUUUGUAUCGAGUAAAUUAGCGUCCGAUAUCACAUUGACGAUUGGACAAGCAUUUGAAUUAGCUUAUAGGCGUUACAUGACCGAUAAUGGUAAAGGAACGGAAAUCACAAAACUACAAAGUCAAAAUAAGCAGCUGGAGAGUACUGUAUCAGCCUAUCGGCAACGAUUGAAAGAUUUAGUAGAAAUUUUACCGAAGUCUGAUUUGGAUAGACUGUUACUGAGACACGGCUUGCGGGACAUCUUAGAAGUUCCGCAACAAAAUGGACUAGACAAUCAUGUGGCCAGUAUGAACGGUAGUAAGACACCGGAUCUUGGUAUCGAUGUCUCAACACCGAAUAACGAUGACCAACUGCUAAUUGAAACGUCACCAAAACAUUUUGCGCCACUCGUUCCACCUAGAAAUAUACAAAAUCAAAUCAACAGCACACUGGAAGCGCUAAAGCCGAGCGUCGGAACGAAAUUGGAGGGUCUGCUGUUGAACUCGGACUCGGACAGUGAUUUUGAUCCGCGAGCUGACGAAUGUGAGACCAAUUCAUCGUCGACGACGGCAUCGUUGAACGGAAAUGGCAACAAAAUUUCCAAUGAUUUCUUCGGCUUCGAGCCACCGAAAACAAUGGGUCAACACUUAUUCACCCAUCCCGUAAACCAUACGAAUGGCGUUAAUGGUACAAUGAAUGGGCAUCAAGUUAGUCCGCCGCCUUUAUUGGCUCCACCACCAAAAGCAUCAAUUCCGCGAAGAAGCACUCCAUCACAAAUUAACAACAACAACAACAGCAAUGUGAUCAAUAACAAUUCCAGUCAAGAUUUGUUCGGAUCAACACCAUUCAAUGCCAUGCAAACGAAUUCGUUCGAAGCCACUAUCGGUUAUGGUGCAUUUAAUCUUUCCUCAAGUUCAUUCGAAUCAAUACCAAAUUCAUCGAUCACCACCGGCGAAGCCAAUCCGUUCAACAAAUCCGGAACUAAUUUUAACGACACCACGACCAGUAUCAACAGCUUGGGACUGUCAAUGAUUUCCAGCACAUCAACAGAUGCUUUCGAUGCGUCAUUCAACCAAUCCGGUAUAAGCUACGAAAUGCCCAAUCCAUUCAUGACAAUCAAUCAGUCGACCAAUCCACCGAUCAGUGAAUCGAAUGGAAUUGGCUAUGCCAGUCAAGUGAAUCCGUUUGCAACGUCCGACGGGUUAAUGAUGAACAGUGGAUUAGAAUCGAAUGGACACGGAAAAUAUGAUGCGUUUCGUAGUUCAACAUUGGAAAUGAAUCGAGUGGAGAUUGGAGAGGAAAUCGGUGAAAUGAAGACUGUUGAUUUGAAUUUGUUUAAGGACGCCGCAGCUGCUGCGUUUAGUGAAUUUGGUAAAUCUAAGCAUGACUACACAAAUAAUAAACUGACUGAAACGAACGCUUUUAAGAAGGAUGUCGUGAAUGGGAAGAACAACUUCAGCAAAUCAAUUGGCUUUUCCGCCGAUGAUUUUACUCUGGAAAGUCUGGAUCCGUUAAGGAAGUAAAUGUAAACUAAUCCAAUGAAUUUUUGGGUAAUAAUUUUUUUAUUUAACCCAAGAAUCUGAAUACUAAAAUGUCAAAAAUGAACAAAUUAUAAGAUCCUUUUGUGCAUAGUAAAAAAAAAUAAUAAUUAAAAUUAUAAAUUAGGAAAAUCGCGCCGAAACGAAGAGUAAAUCAGUUUUUAUUAUACAAUCAUAAUCAAUCGAUGAAGCGCGUCAAAAUUAAAAUUUACUUUCCGACAAAUUAAAUAUUAGGUUCAAAAGUAUAGGCAAAAAAUAGAAUUCUAUUUAAGUGAUAAAUUCAGAUUGAAAUAUUUUUUGAAAUGAUUUAUUCUCAAUGUAUAAAAUAAAGCGAAAAAAUGAAAGGUAUAAAAUGAAGCAAAGAAAAUUAAAAGUAAAAUAAAAA